CAGAGAAGAAUUACAUCUUUGGUUGGGAGAAGAAGACGCCUCCUCUGUGGGUAGCGGAGGAUGGACAAUGGCCGUAGGGGAGGCCUUAGAAAAAAGCUUUCCCACGGCUCCCGGAGUUGGUCCGUCUAGUCGUGUUUUGUGAAGUCUCGGCAAAACUUUGUGACGGAGUUUGUGGCUGGCUUGUCGUUUGGCUUGUUCGCCUUAACAACUGCUUAUUGUAUUAUUUGUUUGCGGGGCAUUGGACGAUGGGCUGCUGAAACCUGACGCCUCUCCCGUUUCUUCCUUGGCUUCGACAUGGGAGAAUAAAUCAGGUUGACAACAAUGAAGACCGCGCCAUGUUGCCUUGAACACGGACCACUUUCCCCGAGAGCGUGAUGUGCUCUCCUUUGACGAUGCGCCUAGAGGAAGUGUUCACACCUCUGCUGCUCCCCCUCCACCGGCAGGGGACAAAGACACCAGUCUCUGCUGCCUCAUUAUGGGCCACUUGAAGCUUUCCACAACGCUCAGAGACAAGAUCCUCAUGGCGAACAAUUCCCUUGGCUCCGAGGUGCCUCCACAUCCUAAGCCAACCGCCGCGACCCCAGAGAGCCUUAACGGCAUUAGUCUAUCCCUGCGGGUGUUCUUCUGCUUUGUUAUGGUCGGCAUUUUGCUGUUUUCUCUGUUCGGGAACAUGGUGGUGUGCCUGAUGGUCUACCAGAGAUCAGCUAUGCGCUCGGCUAUUAACCUCCUCUUAGCGAGCCUUGCCUUUGCGGAUAUGAUGCUCGCCAUUCUCAACAUGCCUUUCACGCUAGUUAGCGUCAUGACCAUCGACUGGAUUUUCGGGGAGGUUUUCUGUCGCGUUUCAGCCAUGCUCUUUUGGUUCUUUGUCAUGGAGGGAGUGGCCGUUCUGCUUAUAAUAAGCAUCGACCGCUUUCUUAUUAUCGUGCAGAAGCAAGAUAAGCUGAGUCCGCAGAAGGCUAAAGUGCUCAUACUGGUCACGUGGGGACUGGCUUUUUUUUUCUCCUUUCCUUUAGCUGUUGGUUCCCCUCGCCUCGAGAUGCCCCCCAGAGCUCCUCAAUGUGUUUUCGGCUAUAGCGCUGAACCAGGCUACCAUGCGUACGUGUUGAUUGUAAUGCUGGUCUUCUUCUUUAUCCCCUUCAUGGUCAUGCUGUACACAUUCAUGGGGAUUCUAAACACCAUCCGCCACAACACAGCCCGCAUCCACAGCCACCCAGAUGGCACGUGCCUGAGCCAAGCCGGCAAACUGGGCUUGCUAAGCAUCCAGAAGCCCUUCCAGAUGAACAUCGACGUGAGUUUUAAGACGCGCGCCUUUGCCACCAUCCUCAUCCUCUUCUCUGUGUUUACAGUGUGCUGGGCACCCUUCACCGCUUACACUCUCGUAUCCACGUUCAGUCAUGACUUCUACCGCAAAGACAGUUUUUUUCAAGUCAGCACUUGGGUGCUGUGGCUGUGCUACUUCAAGUCAGCGCUCAACCCGAUCAUUUAUUACUGGCGCAUCAAGAAAUUCCGUGACGCUUGUGUCGAUCUGAUACCAAAGUACUUCAAGUGUCUUCCGCAGCUGCCGGGCAACACAAAGAGGCGUAUACAACCGAGCGCCGUUUAUGUUUGCGAAGGGCAUCGGACUGUGGUUUGAGGGGGAGAAUUUCCCUGCGCGCCACGUAAGGCAACCGACAGUAGGCCACAUUCACAUCCAAACGGUCGACUUUCAGCGCACUCCGGCCACUGUAUCCUGAUCUGAAUUGUUAUUGGAUAUUGAUAGCGGCCUCGUGUAAAUACAGAAGUGUGCAGUGGAUCAUUCUCGCACAGGAGAAGCCACCAGUGAAUUCAACACUGUUGAGGAAAAACUAAAACAUAGGAGCCCAAACUGCCACACUGCCAGUGCCACAAAAUAUUUUGUACUCAAAUAAUACCUUUCAAGGUGUCUGAACAGUUUGCACAAAAUACCCAUACAAAUAUAUUUCCGUGACAACUUUUCAAAAAUUAAUUAGUCAAUAUGGAUGAUUUUGGGUGUAGGCUUUGCCAUAGUUCAAGAAGUCACAAAUUUUCUUUGCAACAAUAUGUUUUAUUUGCCCCCACUAAGCUUGGGUGGCACUCAGAUGUCACUUGAUCAUUGCAAGCUGAGCCAGAGGGCACUUUGAAGUCAUGAUCAGUUACCAGCAGGUGUCAGUACAGAGUAAAAUGGCAGACAUAGAUAACUGUUUUUUUUUUUUUGGUAUUUGACAAAAGCAGUAUGAAUCAGAAUACCGUAUUUAUACCACAUUGAAACAUAUUUCAUA